CAGCAGUUUCCGUUCGAAGGAAAUGAUGGAGGAGGAAAGUUUCUGACGCCUCUCUCUCAGUUCGGCUGGGACUGUCCGCAGGAAAACUAGAGGACAUUUCAGCUCUGCGGUUUGCUUUCUUUUUCCUCUUGACAUCGCACAGAUAAAAUAAAUUUGAAAAAAUCUGCAUGGAUUUAGGAUUAACAGGGUUUUUGUCAGUGAAAUGUCUCAGAAGUGGAAAUGCUGCUCCACGUUUGUGUGUUGCUUUACCUUAUCACAACAGAUAAAACACUGGCUUUGUUUCACCACCAGUUUGGUGGAAAUGUCAACCAGGAUCAAGAACCGGCAGCUCACAUCAGUCUCAGCUUACAGGGCCUUUUUACUCAUACCAACAGGCCAGAACCCAUGAAAUAUCAGACCGACAACACCCUGCCAGUUGGAGUUUACACUAAGACAGUAGAUGUUCCUGAAGGUCGGACGGUACUUCUACAGUUAGUGCGGCGAGAAAGUGGAUCGAGCAUAUCUGUGAACUGUGUUUGGGAUAAGAAAGACCAGGUCCUGGAAGUCGGGGAGGUUGUCCUUCUCUCUGACUGCAACCAAAACAAAGCCACCCUCACAUGGACAGGAGAGGGACAUUCCACAAAUGCAAUUCAGCUCUCCUACCAUGUUCAGGAAGAUCAGAGGAAUUCCUCAGACACCAGCCCACACUGGAACCAGUACCUCUUAGGAUGGUCUCCAACAGGAACCAGCUUUACAAGCAAUGGGCAAGAUGUGGUGACAGCGACUGAAGGAGGCACAGGUCACCGUUCUGAAGGCAUGGAGUGGACUACUGGGUCCUCCACUCAGGACCAAGGGGCAACGCACCACUCCUCAGCCCCCCCAGGACUCAGCGUGGCUGGGACGACCGAUAGGGAAACUCUCCCUCUUCCUGAGGAAAGACAGAACAAUGGAGCGGAUACAUCUGGAUCUGAUGGUUCCACUUCUGCCAGAGCGAGAACACACCCCUCUUUUCAAACAUUUAAUACAGACGCAACAUUUCACACAUCACACACAACAAUCACAGAAACAAACUCUCACCAUCCACUCACGUCAUGGACAGAUCACCCCCCCACAGCCCACAUGGCUUCAACACAAAUGGCCAACAGCAGCUCCAGCUCCACUCUAAAAACACAUAAACAUGAACCUACAGUCAGUCACUCAUCUGAACAUACAGAAAAACAUGAAACAACACAAACUCACCCCACAUCAUCCAGCUCAGAGGUCUUCCCUCUUGCCUCAUCUCCAUCUCAGCAACCCUCCUCUCCAACCUGGGAAACUGGAACCAUUCUGAUCCCACAUGAUGGAGGGGAAAGUGGGACACCCGUGGAGAAACAUCCUGAUUCAUGGAGGAGCCAGAGAAGCACAGACAGACGUGUCUAUGACCCUGUCACCCUUGACCCUUUGAAAUCUCCCACUGAGUCCGAACAGGAAGACUUUAACAGCAAAAACACGAAUACCGAUCUGUCACUUUCAUCGCGGGGCGCCAUCAGCACAGGACAGUCAUCCACCUCUGCUGAUGGAACAACUGUGGCUCCAACAUUUCAUCCAGACAUCAGUAAAAAUGACUCAUUUCCAUCUGCUGCACCAGAAAUUCCCAUUCAGAAUGUGACGCUUCAUACAACUUUCACUUCUGAGCCAAGUUCGACAAGCUCUCCGCCUUCUUAUACAUUAACUACAGACACUAACAGAAAAGAAACAACUGAAAUAACACAAAGAAUUAAUACUUCCAUUACAACACACACUGUUUCUUACUCUCCUGGCAUCACUGACGAUCAGACUUUCACUUCCUUGGGUUAUGAUUUUACAACUAGAUCAACACUGACGUCAGGAGAUGUAGUCCAGAAUUCAGCAACGACAGAAACAUAUUCGCCACCUCCUACAUCUACACCCUCACGUGACAUUUCAUCUACACACAUGACCUUCCCAGGGGGUUUGUCAACUGAUCUACCACUGAGUAAAACCACAUUCACAGUCCAAACACACGAUAGUUAUCUCUCAACAGCACUAACCACUCAUACACCCCUGGCUUUAACUUCAUCUAACACCGUAUCCACUGUCGUCAAAUUCAUGACCGUACCUACACCUGAAAUCACCUCUCCGCACACAUCUCCACCCUCUAACCACCCCCCCCCCUCAUCGGCUUCUACACACAGACAACCACAUAACUACAUGACUACCACACGUGGUCCUCUACCAUCAUCCACAACAACUGGACAUAAUGAUGUGGAAGCAGAAAAGGCCAGUGAGUCUUGGCAGCGGUCAAACACAAACACUCCCACAACUGGACUGGCACCACAACAAACACCGUCCUGGACUCCUGGACCAUCUGUGGGCCAGGAGAGCACCCGGACCACCACACCAUCUGCUCUGACCUCUGCACCCAGUUGGAGCUCCACGAAGAAACCCAAGUUCUACAUUGUACCCGACCAACCUGCAGCCAUUAGAGUGGAGUCCAUUGAGCUGCUGCUGCAGAUUGUUGUUGAAGAGUCUAUGUCAGACAUUACUGGUUUAGAGGAGGACACUGCUAAAUGGGUGGAGCCCUACCUUCUGAGGGCUCCGGGGUUCAACAGGCUGCUGGGAGUCUGGAGCAGCGGCCAUGCAGUGCAGAGCCUUAUGGAGUUUAAGACCAGCGAGGCUCUGAAGUGGCUCAGUGACACAGGAUCAUCGUCUUCUCUGUUUGAACAAACUGGACUGGCUCAGGCUGUUCGUGAAGGAAGGAGCUUCAGAUCAUCUCGUAUCACUAACAUCACACUGGGAGGUGUACAGGGGGAUGUGUGCGGCUGGCUGCUGGAGUGUCCAUCAGGCUUUAAAUGUGUGUCUCAUCCUCAUCCUCACGCUGGAAACUACAGCUGCUCCUCCGUCUGCCGCUCUGACCACUGCCACAACCACGGCAUCUGCACCCACCACCCAGGACAACCCCCAGUUUGCCGCUGCCUUGUUGGAGAAGACUUCUGGUACAUGGGCCAGAGGUGUGAUGUGAGGAUGACCAGAGCCCGGCUCGUGGGGGCGUGUCUCGCUAUAUUACUCAUCAUAGUGACGGUUAUUGGUGUUUUGGCAUUUGUGGCAGUGAGGCGCUACCGAGCUCUUCUGAUUCAAGCCAAAGUCGAUCAAACUCGGAGCAGCUAUCGCAGGUUCAACCAUUUCGAUGAGCUGUCUGGUCGCUUCUGGUUGCGUUCUUGGGCGGGGUCUGCAGACUCUCUGGAUAAUCCCGCCUUCACACGCUCCGACGAGUUACUGCACCUGCGGGCACUCGACCGUCCCUGCUGUUACCAUGACGACACGCUGUCACUGCCGUCUACUUGCCCCAGCCACGGCACACGCAUUAAUACCAUCUACCCCCACAGCUCUCAGUACGGUUGGAGGGGGAGCGAGAUGAGCAUGGGGGACGGCGUGCUGGACUCGGGUAAGGCCAGUGACCUCUCUGUGUGUAGCUGGCCUGUGGAACCAAUUCAGUGGACUCCAUUCCCACUUCUGCAACAACUGUCCUUACACCGGACACCCACGGUGAGGGUGACGAGGCCGCGGUCCUAUUGUGAAGGCAUGGAGCUGGUAGACCUGGGGAAAAGCUGGACCGCCUGAAUCAAACCUGUUGUUACACUGAUAUUUACAGCUUCCUUUUGAUUUCAAAUGCACAGAUAUUCUUGUUUUGUUAAUAAAACAUUGUAAAA